AUGCUUGUCGACGCCCAAGACCGCCAGGACCGCAUGUUAGACAUCAGCCAGCAGACCAACGACAACGUUCAGCUUGUCGGCCGCGACAUAAAGUACCUCGGCGAAGCUGCCAACAAAGUUGUGCGGUACAUGGUUGAUGAAAACCGCACCCUUCGCGAACGCAUCCAAUUUUUGGGACAAGAUCACAAGCAGGUCAUUUCGGCGACGGAGUCGCAGAACGCGACCAUUGCCUUUUUGGCUGAGACGGUGAUCAACCUCAACCGCAACCAACAAUACCUCCUCGAGCAGCAGAGCGCCCUCGUUCGUGACGUCCGCCGGUCUCUGACACCCGUGCCCAUGGACCAACCGAAUGACAUCAUCAUGUGGCCGACUCAGUUGUUGGACGACCUCGGCGUUUCUCUCAACAUGGCCGAUACCGAUAUGAUGACUGUUAAUCUAUACGGCACCUCUUUCAAUCCCAGAGCCCACGAACAGGCCCAGUCUUUGCUGGCCACCGACGAAUUUUUACGAUGGUACCAGAGCCGGCACUCAGGGAUGCUGUUUGUCGACGGCAACGACGCCAGUGCCACCCGCAGUUUGAUUUCGCCCAUGUCGGUGAUGUGCUCCUCGCUGUCCAUCGUCUUCGAGAAGUCCGGCCAGAGUGGUGAGGCUUUUGUCCUUCGCUACUUUUGCAGUUUGCACAACUCGCAGGAAAGAGACGAUGCCGAGCGCGACCGUGCCCGUGGACCGGUGGGCAUGCUCCGUUCUCUCCUGGUCCAGCUCGUGGCGGCCCUCGUCAAGGAGGACCUGGCGCGAGGGGGUGGGGAGGGAGAGGACCCGAUUCGGGAAUACAACCUUGGCAGGUACAACCACGGACAACUCGCCGACUUCCGCGGUAGGCUGCGCGACGGCUACCUAUGGGAACUGUACAUUGUAUUCAUUGAGUUGCUAAAGUAUGUGCCGAAGGACAGACCCGUCUACUGCAUUGUCGACGGCGUCUCGUCUUUUGAGGACGACCGGUUCGGGGCCGACCUGGAGGAUGUCGUUACCGACCUGAUCCGGCUAGUCUCAUAUUCCGAGGCCAACUUGAAGCUGCUGUUUACGUGUCCCUACCGCAGCGUAUAUCUUGUGCCUACGGAGAGAUUGAUUCUACAGGGAGACUACCUGAGGCUCCAGCCGGGAGGCCGUGGAGGACUAGGACUGAUCACAGAGUCGUCAGUGACGGGUCGUCUGCCACGAUAA